AUGAAGAACCAUACAAGGCAAAUAGAGUUUAUCCUUCUGGGACUGACGGAUAAUUUCCAGUUCCAGAUUGUAAUUUUCUUCUUUUUACUUCUAAAUUACAUGCUGAGCAUACUAGGAAAUGUAACCAUCAUUGCCCUAACUCUACUAGAUUCUCAUCUCAAGACCCCAAUGUAUUUCUUCCUCCGUAAUUUCUCUUUCCUGGAAAUUUCAUUCACAAGUUCUUGCAUCCCCAGAUUCCUAAUCACCAUUGUAACAAGGAAAAAGACUAUUUCCUAUAAUGGUUGUAUAUCUCAGUUAUUUUUUUACAUAUUCUUGGGGGUUACAGAAUUUUUCCUUCUGGCCGCCAUGUCCUAUGACCGCUAUGUUGCCAUCUGCAAACCUUUGCAUUAUACAUCCAUCAUGAACAGCAAAGUUUGUCAUCAGCUUGUACUCAGUUCUUGGGUAACUGGAUUUUUGGUCAUUUUCCCUCCACUGAUUUUGGGUCUUAACCUUGAUUUCUGUGCUUCAAAUAUCAUUGAUCAUUUCAUUUGUGACAUUUCUCCCGUCUUGCAACUUUCUUGCUCUGACACACGUUUACUAGAACUGAUUGCUUUUUUCUUAGCUGUGAUGACCCUCAUUGUCACAUUAUUACUAGUAAUCCUUUCUUACUCUUACAUCAUCAAGACAAUUCUAAAAUUUCCUUCAGCUCAGCAAAAGAAGAAAGCCUUUUCCACCUGCUCUUCUCACAUGAUUGUUGUCUCCAUCACGUAUGGUAGUUGCAUAUUCAUCUACAUAAAGCCAUCAGCAAAUGAAAGAGUCUUUUUGAGUAAAGGCGUGGCUGUGCUCAAUACUUCCAUUGCCCCUUUGUUGAACCCAUUCAUUUAUACUCUGAGGAACAAGAAAGUUAAAGAAGCCUUCCAAGCUAUAUUUAGAAAGAUAUUUUCUUCUUCAGACAAGUAA